AUGUCUUAUUUUAUCAGUAGUAUAUUAACACAUACUUCCAUCCAAGAGGAAUGCAUCCAUCUAUCUGAUCUAUCUAUUAUCUAUCUAUCUAUCUCAGUCAGUCUUUUCAUUAUCUAUCUAUCUAUCUAUCUAUCUAUCUAUCUAUCUAUCUAUCUAUCUAUCUAUCACAGCCUCUUUAUUAUCUAUCUUUCUAUAUAUCUCAGUCUUUUCAUUAUCUAUCUCAGCCUCUUUACUAUCUAUCUAUCUAUCUAUCUAUCUAUCUAUCUAUCUAUCUAUCUAUCUAUCUCAGUCUCUUCAUUAUCUAUCUAUCUAUCUAUCUAUCUAUCUAUCUAUCUAUCUAUCUAUCUAUCUGGAUCUAAAUACACUUACUUACUCUUGAAAUAUCUCUCAUUCUGUUCUUAUCUAUCUAUCUAUCUAUCUAUCUAUCUCAGACUGUUUAUGCCUUCAUCUGGCUUAUUUUAUUUAACACACUUAACAUCUUUUUUCAAGUGCUUUUUGCCAAAAGAGAAUUACCUGCUCUCCCUGAUCUUUGAUGUCGACAUUUUCAUGUGCCUCUGGCCUUAUUUCUUCCAGGGAGGUGGUGUCUGCAGUUCAGUUUAUUUUUGCUUUCGUUUUCCUAUCUCCAAAACGAGAGUAGACAAGAUUCAUGAUCUCCAGAAACAGAGAUAA